CAACUAGGACAACAUCUACCCGUGAGAUGCCAAUUCCUGUCCGAGUCAUGUUCACUACCACCUAAACCCGGGGGGAGCAGUCCAUGACUAAGGUGUUAGGGACAUUCCAAGCCAGCCAGCCAAGCUCACGAGCACCCCCAGCCAGUUUCAGAGAUGGACGAGGCGCCCCAGGACACCCCGUCCCUGCCACAGUCACAAAAAGUGACUAUUGCCCAAAGAUGUCCAAGCCAGUCACGCCCAGCAAGAGCUGGCAAAAAGUGUCCGAGAGCUGGCAAAAAGUGUCCGAGAGCUGGCAAAAAGUGUCCGAGAGCUGGCAAAAAGUGUCCGAGAGCUCACAAAAAGUGUCCGAGAGCUCACAAAAAGUGUCCGAGAGCUGGCAAAAAAUGUCCGAGAGCUGGCAAAAAGUGUCCGAGAGCUCACAAAAAGUGUCCGAGAGCUCACAAAAAGUGUCCGAGAGCUCACAAAAAGUGUCCGAGAGCUCACAAAAAGUGUCCGAGAGCUCACAAAAAGUGUCCGAGAGCUCACAAAAAGUGUCCGAGAGCUCCAUACCCUCCCCUAUAUAUGUCUGAAGUGUUUUUUCCAGUUUUGUAG